GGAGGGAGAGGGAGAGGGGGAGAGGUGGACGCGAAAAGGGGAGGCUCGGUUCUCGGUCGUGAACGUCCUCGGCCGUCUAAUGGGGGAAUCGAGCGGGUCGGUUUCGAUCGAUGUGGAGAGGAUCUCUCUCGGCGGAAAGGAGCAUUUUAUAAAAACAAGACAUGGCAGAGUGUCUGUUGCUGUUUUUGGAGAUCAGGAAAAGCCAGCACUUGUAACCUAUCCAGAUGUGGCUUUAAACCAUGUAUCAUGCUUCCAAGGAUUAUUCUUUUGCCCUGAAGCUGCAUCUUUGCUUCUCCACAACUUCUGCAUAUAUCAUAUUAGUCCUCCAGGACAUGAGUUAGGAGCUGCUCCAAUUUCUUCUGAUGUUCCCAUCCCCUCUGUCAAUGAUUUGGCAGAUCAGAUAGCUGAUGUUCUUGAUAUUUUCAGGUUAGGUCCAGUAAUGUGCUUGGGGGUCACGGCUGGUGCUUAUAUCCUUACCCUUUUUGCUAUAAAGUAUAAGGAGCGUGUUGCAGGUCUGAUACUUGUCUCUCCUCUAUGUAAAGCCCCCUCCUGGAUGGAGUGGUUGUAUAAUAAGGUAAUCUCCAAUUUGCUUUAUUUCUAUGGCAUGUGUGGCUUGGUUAAGGAUUGCUUGCUUCAGCGGUACUUUAGUAAGGAAGUCCGUGGCAGCGCACAGGUCCCGGAGUCAGAUAUUGUACAAGCCUGCAGAAGUUUGUUGGAUGAAAGGCAAAGUGAAAAUGUCUGGCGGUUUCUUCAAUCAAUUAAUGGGAGAUACGACAUCACAGAAGAAUUACAUCGGCUACAGUGUCGGACACUUAUAUUUGUUGGUGAAGAUUCUCCAUACUAUUCUGAUGCUGUCCACAUGACAUCAAAACUAGACAGAAGAUACAGUGCCCUGGUCGAGGUCCAGGCAUGUGGAUCAGUGGUGACAGAGGAGCAACCCCAUGCCAUGCUGAUACCCAUGGAGUACUUCUUCAUAGGGUAUGGGCUCUACAGGCCAAGCCAGUUUACUGGCAGCCCACGCAGCCCGCUCAGUCCAUGGUGCAUCUCUCCGGAUCUGCUGUCACCUGAAAGCAUGGGUGUGAAGCUAAAGCCUAUCAAGACAAGGGUGUCAAUGGACAUUUGAUAGUGGUGGGCAUAGACCGCAAGUGAGGUUUACAAAGAGUCAAGAUAUCUCCAACAUUUUGUCAUGCUGAAGUUGUAGCUGAUAAUAUAAAAAUGUAUACAAGCUCUUGUGACAUGUAGGAUGGAUUUCUUUGGGAGUGUAGAUACAAGAGGAAAAGAGUCUGGGGGAAGCGGGGGGAAAGCAUGGACAGCAAAGAGAAUCUAUUCCUUUCAUUUGUAGGCAUCAUGCUCGCCUGUAAAUUUUCAUUAUUCAUGAUGAGCUAAUAACAAUAAGAGGUAGUGGCAUCCUCAAUCAUGACUUGUGUUGUGUGGUUUCAUAUUCAAUGGAAUUGUCCGCGUAGUAAUUAUUUUAUUCUUUUGUUUAAAGAAAGAAAA